AAAAAAAAAAAAUGUAAUGUAAAAUAUUGUAUAAAAAGUAAAAGUGUAGAAAAAGAAAGAAAAUAUCAAAAAUUAACGGAAUAUUUCUGAGACGAAAUGUCAUAAAACCGAAAAUCAUAUUUAUAAAAAAUAAUAAGAAAAAUAUGCUUAUAUAUGCAAACCAUGUGGUACAAUUGGGCUUGUUUCCGUAAAAAAUGUGAGCAAAAAUAUUUCGCUAGUAGCCAUAUUUGUUUACUGUCAAACAAAACCGUAACUUACUCAAGAUCAAUUUGCCUAUAAAAAUAAGAAAAUAUAUAUAAAACGUAGUUGGUGUAGUGUUGUCCGUUUGGAAAAACAAUUUGCUGUGUUCAUUGAAAUUGAGAGGAAAUUGUGAAGAAAUUGCAAAAGCAAUUAUUUUAGCAUCGAUGAGUUCCUUUGCACUGGCUGACCGAAACAUGGCGCACUAUUCAAUACUAAAUUGAAUUUGUGUGGCCAUCCAACAAUGCACUAUACUAUACUAUACUAAAAUAUGGAAUACUUACCAAAGUACAAAAACCAAACAAGCUCAGCUUCGAACAGUAAUUAUAAUAGAAAAAAGUUAGAAAUAGAAAUCAAAUAAAAGGCAAACGUUUACACAUCAAUAAUAAUAGCAAUAGACGUUGGCGUUGAAAACGACAACGGCGACGACGACAACAACAACGACAACAACAUUGCAAAGCAUAAACAUACGUAUAUACUUAUGUCAAAGACCAAAGUAUACUGGAACGACAACUAUAGCAUUGGUCUAAUUGCCUUAUGCAGCUGAUUUAUGUUUAACUGAAAGUUUAAACGAAACCAAAUUUCUGUCAUAACCAAAACAAAAGACAACCAACGAAACCAAGAAAAGGUAAAAUAUUUCAAAUCAAAAUUGAACCGCCCCACACAAACGUACGAGUGCAUUACGUGACGUGCCAAUUAAGUUAUAGAACGAAAAUAUGAUGAUGACCCUGUUCAUGCCACCGCAUGCCCACACAAUCAACAACAACAGCAAGGUGAUCAUUUGGUUUGUCUCAGCAUUAACGCUAUCAGUAUUGAUCACUAACGUUCAUCCAGCUACUAUUAAAAAAAGAGAAAUUCCCUUAAAUCCUCAACAGAAAGUCGGAGAGAUUCCUAUCGUUCAUAUAGUAAAUAAUACUAUUAUAAGUAAAUUAACAAAAACUGACCCUGACAUUGGCGAAGAAAAUGAAGGAAAAUACCAAAUUGUAACUGUUGAUACCGCAGAGACGACUCAUAGCAAUGUUAGUGAAAGUAAUGAAGAUAACAAACAAUUAAAUUUAUCACGAAUUACAAUUGAAAAACUGAACCAUGAGGCGGCAUUUAACAUUGAAACAACCACCACUACCACCACCAGUGCUAAUUCUAAUUUUAGCAUUGCAGAGCUCUCCGUUAAUGAUAUCAAUGCCAAGUAUGAAAAGGAAGAGAAAGUCAAACAUAAUAAUAAUAAUAAUAAUAAUCAUGUAGUAAAUCGUCCAACAGGUGCUACAGAAGAAAUUAAUGAUUCAAAGACAGCAUUGAAAAUAUUCGAUCAUGACUUAUUACAAUUGCUGGGUGCUGAAGAUAAAAAAGAAGAAGAUUUGGAGGUCACCGAGAAUGCUUUAAAAAUCAUAAAUGAAACUUAUAAGAACUCUAUAACGUCAAGUUUGACAGAAAAAGUUACGAGUAAACCAGACGCACAACCACCUGCACAUUUUGAUAGUUCAACUGAAAGAUCUGAACAAGACGAAAAAUUGAUUACAACUCAGGAAAGGCCUAUCGAUCACACACAGCCACCAAUAGCUAAAGAAGAGUUUUAUAGAAAAGGUAAGAAAGCUUGGCUAGACUCUUCAUCGAUUGCAGAAACAGUCUCUACUGAGAUCUCUUUCCGAAAGGGUACAAUUUCAACUGAGUCGCCAUUCUUUGAUCCUGAAAGGAUAGAAACCUCUACCGUUACUUUAUCUAAAGGCACUUUCACGACCAAUCGACAAGAACAAGAACAUGGUCAGUCUUUAUCUACUACUGCAGCUACUACUACUACUACUACUACCACUACGACUAUUUUCAAUAACAUAAAUGAAAAUGAAAUUUUAACCACUACCACCGCAAAAAUUACUUCAAAUCCCUUCACCACAUUAAAGUCAUUCAUAAAAUCUAUAACCGAUUCAGACGUAGAGAGAAAUGUCGAAAUCAAAAUGCCGUCUUCUUCUAGUUCUCCUUCUAUACUCAAUAGUGAAGAAAUAAAUGAAGUUCGCGUCUCUAGCGCUGAGAAAAAAGCCAAAUUCAUAAAUAAUAAUUCAACGAAUGCUCAACAAUUGAAUUUACCGAACGCUUCGGCCGUAUGGUCUCUCGUAGGCAUGAAAACGGUGGCUAAAUCAAAUGAUACCAUAGCAACGUCGAAACAAUCGCCCAAAGCGAAUAAUGAAAGAAACUUUAAUGAAACUUUAACUAACAAUGGUAACAGUGAAAAGACUCUCUUAGAUUGGACCCAAAUAAUGGCUAAUAAAGAUUUGGUAACUAGCAGAGUCAAUCAAGGUCCUAAUACAGCUGCAAACGAUAUUGAUAGCACAGAAGAAAUUAUAGAGGAUAGUACUGUGGAAUCGAUUAAUGCGGCCGAAAAGAAGCACUUAAGCAACAAUGAGAUUUUCUUAGAUGAGACAACAACAACGACUAUUGCGUCAAAUAUAUCCAAAGAAUUAAUGAUUUCGCCAAACAUAACCGAGCAGCAAAUUGCUUUUGUUCCUACACCUGCCAAUGUUCAAUCACCGUUAGUAAAUGUAACAACAAUUUUAUCGACAAUUGAUAAUGAAAGUACGCAAGAGACACCAGCAACCGUUACCACGCAGACGAUAACAGAAGCAGCUGAUACCGCACAAACAAUAACGUCCACUGCUCAGCCAAUGUCAGACGAAACAACAACUUUCAAGAACGCUAUAAAUAUGCCAACGGCACUCCCAAAUUACCUGGAUACGCAGUCACCCCCAACUUUUAAUGAGUCGUUGACACUGACAGCAAAUCGUAGUGUAACAACACAAAACAGCGAUGAGCAUUAUUUUAUAAAAACGAACAAUGUUGACGCUGUUACUGAUUAUCAUGCUAACGCCAGCGCCAGUGUCGAUGACGCAGUCACAACAGCUGUUAAUGUUGAUGUUGGACAAGCUUCCAGCGAGACAACAACGUUUAGUACGCUCAUAGACGAUGAGUUGAACGCAUCUAUAUCGCAUAUAUCAAGCGUUUACACUGUUACUACCGUAAUACCUCGUCAUAGUUUCGUAAAUAGCAUAGAAGAGGAGACAACAAUAAUAACAAUAGAAGACGACGAAAUUUAUACUACACCUACGUUUUUGUCCACCAACGACAGCACAUUAAUAAACGGUCAGCGAUGGCAAAAAACCGAAAUCGAUUCAAACGGUAACGAAAUAAAUUUGGAAGAGAGCAACAACAAAAACGAUUCAAGUACAAUUAAAACGCAUUUAAUUAGCAAAGUAUUUGAAACAGCAACCACAACAACAACAACAACAAUAGGAACAACGGCAAUAACGCCAUCAAAAGAGACAUUGACUGAGCAUACAACGGCAUCGACAAGCGCGGAAACUGAGACAAUAUUAAAUAAUCAAUUAGUUGAGCAAAAUAAAGGCGAAGUUAAAGAAAAUUCUACGACAUCAACGACAACAACAGCAAUAAUCGAAUCAACCCCUAAAGCAGAUGUCACUUUAGCUUCACCAACUGUGCUAACAAUAACAGCAAAUAUUGCAAAUAGCACGACGAGCACGUUGCCGUUGUCGGUAAUGUCAGAAGAGAUAAGUGAAACAAAAACAAGUGUAACCGAGAUAACACCUGUCGCUUCCGGAACAUUAAGACCUUCGUCUGAAAGCUCUAUAGAAACAAACGCUAUUGAGGUAUUAGAUAAAAACAACACAAACGUUAAGGAUAAAACAAAGCAGAUUAAUAUCGCAGAAAUAAAAACAAACGAAACGAAAUCCGAGAAGAAGCUUGAAUACGAAACUGAACAGCCAGAGAAAGGCAGUCAUAAUAAAUUAUUUAUAACAAGAAAAACAGCAGCAGCAGCAGCAACAACAAUAACAACAACAACACCAGCCAUUAGAACAAUAAAUACAACAAUGAGUACGAAUACCACAACUGAGGAAACUUUAAUAAGUUUAUUGGAUGAUUAUUCUACAACCACAAGCGCUGCCAUAGCAACGAAAACAACAACAACAACUACUAUUGCGACAAUGAUGACACCAACAGCAACGACAGCAACAACUGCUACGCCUGUAAAUAUAGCAACAAAAGUUGAAGAUAUCUAUAAAGUCAUACAUAAUCCAACAACAGAAACCCCGCAGGCAACGACAAUUUUACAAAUACCGGCAGCGAGAACACCUAUAAUCGCCACUACGCCCAGCACUCAAAUCACUACCACAACGAGUAUCUAUCCUCCUAAAGUAGUUGUACCCACUUUAGCUACAACCGUUAUGGGUAAUGCGAACACUGGUGGUGGUGGUGGUCACUUAUAUACGAAAACGUCUGAAAGUCCCGCCGAAACAGACGUUAAUGUUAUUAUAGCAAUAACGGUUAGCGUCAUUGGUGUUGUAGCCCUUAUACUACUUGUUGCUUUUCUUUAUCUAAUGCGUAAGCGACAAAAAUCAUCAUCGUACAGUCAACGCUGUCGGCCAGUAAGUUUAGACGAUUAUACCAUAGAUAAUACUUCCGUGUACAAUAGCAUGCGCUUGAAAGGCGCCGCUUUGCGAUCUUCGAAACGUUCACAUGCUAAUUUAGCAUUCGAUGAUCCCUCGUUACGCCACAAUGCCUUAAGUACAAUCGAAUUGGCUCGAUUUGUUCAGGAGAAAUCAAAUAUAUAUGAAGAGUUUCGUGAUGUACCACAAGUGACGGCGCGACCGGAUGAAGUGCCUCUAGGAUGUGAAGAUAAAAAUCGAUACGCUAAUGUUGUACCGCUUCCGGAAACACGGGUUUUAUUGCAACGACUGAACGAUGAUGUCAGAACGGAAUACAUUAAUGCCAAUUAUGUGAGGGGUCCUAAAGAUUCGCCCAAAUAUUAUAUAGCUUGUCAAGCUCCCCUUGAUUCAACUGUAGAAGAUUUUUGGCGUAUGAUUUGGGAACAGCAAUCACGAGUCAUCAUUCAAGCGACGGACCUUAUAGAGAGUGGUGUUGAGAAAUGUGCGGAAUAUUUACCACCUUCGGUGACUUUAGAUAAUCACAGCACCUUUGGCGAUUUUCAAGUUACUUUACAAAAUCGUGAAAUUAAAGACAAAUACGCCAUAUCCACAAUACAAUUGAAGCGUACGGGAGAAAAUGUUACACGCGAACUGACACACUAUUGGUAUAAAUGGCCCGAAACUGGUGUACCGGCCGAAGAAGCACCUAUUAUUGCUAUGCUGCUUGAGGCUCGCUCCUCCCUAAUUAGUUAUGCUAUUGAACAAGCCAAUGAAAUGAAAGAGAAAUCUUCAACGCUUACUUUAAGAUCGACCGAAGAAAUUUCAUCGGCGAAUAGUACGACAUCGGCUGGGAAAGACUCGAACGGUAGCACAGGCAACACUAGAGAAAUAAAUGGCAAUAUUUCAAUGGUACAUAUCAAAAAGACUGCUAGGAACCAAGGCCCAUUAACUGUUCACUGCUCUCCAGGUACAGGUCGGACUGGUACCAUAAUCGCUUGUGAUAUAGCGAUACGAAGCCUGGAAAUGCCAAAACGAGCAGUUGAUAUACCUCAAAUAGUUUACUAUGUAAGACAUGGACGUGCAAGUGCUGUACGAACUAAAGAACAAUAUGAAUUUAUCUAUAAAGUUGCCAAUAUGUAUGCAACAAAAAUUACAAAUCCUUCAAACGAUAAUUAACAGAAUUCGUACGCUAGAAGCAAAUGCGAAAACCGAUGAAGGAAGCUUGGCCUGAGUUAUGCAAAUUGAGUGAAAGUCAAUUUCGAAAAACUCCCAUAGUGGCGUGGAAUUCGCAUACGAUUAGAUUCAUUCCGGAAUUGUUAAAAUCGAGGAAUUAUUUAUUUUACUUUUCGUUUUUUUUUUCUUUUGUUAAUAAAAAUAUUAAUGAAAAAGUA